AUUCCGUAGAUAACUUCUAAAGGUAUUAUACUGUGUAAACAUGCGCAGUAAAACUUUGUAAAUUACUGCAGUAUCAUACUCAUUUCUUGUUAGAAUGAGAAUUUUUUAGCUACAUCUGUAUCUGCAUCUGUAUCUAAUUCUCAAGCCAAUUGGACUGCAGGAAAGUCAACUAUGUACCUUGGACUCCAAUAAUCGAAGAUGGGACUAAAUUAUUAUGACUCCUGCUUUUAUGAGUGUCAUUUAAAUAAAAAACUUUAUAUAUAUCUGUUUUAAGAUUUCGUAUUUCGACACCGUUAAUAUUGAGUAGUAUCUCAUACGCACGUACGAACUUUAGUUACUUUACUUGUCAUCGCCAAUCAUAAAAAUGAUGAAUAUUGAAGAAACAAAAACUAAUAUUUUUAACGAUCAAAAACCCGGCACGUCAGGUUUGAGGAAAAAAGUAACAGUUUUUCAACAAGAAUUCUACACAGAAAAUUUCGUUCAAGCGAUUUUCGAUGCCCAAGGUGACCGAGUUGUUGAUUCUACAUUUGUUGUUGGUGGAGAUGGGCGUUAUUAUGUAAAGGAGGUAGUUAGCAAAAUAAUCAAAAUUGCUGCUGCUAAUCGGGUUGGAAAGCUAAUAGUUGGAAGAAAUGGUAUUUUUUCAACACCUGCCAUUUCAAACUAUAUUCGAAAAUAUAAAACUAAUGGAGCUAUUGUAUUAACUGCAUCACACAAUCCAGGAGGACCUGAUAACGAUUUUGGCAUAAAAUUCAACUGCGAGAACGGUGGUCCAGCUCCUGAUCAGGUUACAAAUCGAAUUUUUGAGAUUACUAAAUCUCUCGAAUCAUUCAAGUAUGUUCCAAAUCUUAUAAUUGAUAUUGAAAAAGAACAAUCAACAGCUAUUCAAGUGGGUGAUCGAAAAUUUGUAGUCGAAGUAAUUAAUCCUGUCGAAGACUACGUAGUCUUGAUGAAAGAGAUAUUCGAUUUUCCGAGCAUUAAAGAGCUAGUCCAUGGAAGUGCUGAGAGACCUAAGUUUGAACUGAUUGUUGAUUGUCUUAAUGGAGUGACAGGCCCCUAUGCUCAAUGUAUAUUUGGGACAGAAUUGGGCGUGGGUGAGUCCAGUAUCGUGCACUCGACUCCACUAGAAGAUUUUGGUGGCUUGCAUCCUGAUCCUAAUUUAACCUAUGCAUCAAAUUUGGUAGACACUGUUCGGAAAGGAGUUUAUGAUAUGGGAGUCGCGUUUGACGGUGACGGUGAUAGAAAUAUGAUAAUUGGAAAAAAUGCAUUUUUUGUCAAUCCAUCAGAUUCAUUGGCAGUUUUAGCAGAUAAUUUAGAGCUUAUUCCAUAUUUUAAAAAAACAGGUAUCAAAGGAUUCGCGAGAUCUAUGCCGACAGGUUCUGCUGUGGACCGAGUGGCAUUGAAUAAGGCAUGUGAUAUAUUCGAAGUACCUACUGGAUGGAAAUACUUCGGAAAUUUAAUGGAUGCCGGUCGUUUAUCUCUAUGUGGUGAAGAAAGUUUUGGUACAGGUUCUGAUCAUAUCCGUGAAAAAGAUGGUAUAUGGGCCUGCUUAGCAUGGUUGAAUAUUAUUGCCAAACUUGGUAAAUCUAUCGAAGAAGUGUUGAUGGACCAUUGGAAAAUUUACGGAAGGCAUUUCUUUACAAGAUACGAUUAUGAAGGUUGUGAAUCUUUACCUGCUAACGAAGUCAUGAUAGAGAUAGUUUCUCUGAUUCAAAAUCCGAAAUUCAUUGGUGAAAAAUUAUCAUGGGGUGACAAAACAUAUGUUGUCCAAAAAGCAGAUGACUUUUCAUAUCAAGACAUUAUAGACCACAGCUUAACUGUUAACCAGGGCCUGCGUAUUUUAUUUGAAGAUGGUUCACGGAUAGUUUUCAGGCUCUCUGGAACAGGCAGUUCAGGUGCGACAAUCAGAUUAUACAUAGAAAGUUACGAGACUAAUCCUUCAACCUUUAUGAUGGAUGCACAAGUUAUUUUGAAGCCGUUGAUCAAUAUUGCUAUAAAUAUGAGUAAGGUCGAAGAACAUACUGGUCGCAAAUUUCCAACAGUUAUUACAUAAAUUUUUGAUGAUAAAACUCACAUAUUUACGUUUAAUUAUAUCCUCAUCAACCAUGAUCCACUGUUAGAACUUUUGGAUGACCAUAAUGUCAAAUUAUUUGACUUUUCAAACGAAUGCAAUUGUAAAUUUUACACAUAUAAUUUUAAUGUUACAAACUGAAGCUAUUAAUCUUUUGGUCUAUACACUUAUACUAGCAGUAACAUCGACUUUUGAACAAUCAAGUGACAUGCAGAUCCAAAAGUUUUCUAUACAGUUAAAAUAAACUCAAGAAUAUGGAAGUCCUUCGAUAAAACAUUAAACAUGUGAAGAGCUCCACCCAUGCUAACUCAGUGCAAAAUAUAUAAGAACAAUAAUGUUAUUGGUUGAAUACUCUUAUUAACGAAAUAAUAAAUUGACUUCAAAAAAAUGUAUACAGUCAUAACAAAAAUUGCUAUUGUUUCAGUUACUGUUAAUUUUUUAGGUUUAUUCGAUGUGUGUAAAAGUAAAAUCACAAAAAAAUUAUGUGCCAUCCGGAACUGUUUCUGAUUACUGCCUGGUAAUUAGAAGUAGAGAUAUCAAUCCAGAAACUGUUGGGGUUAAAUAAAUAAUUAUCCAACAAAUAUCCCUCAAUGUGAUUCCUACUUACCUGAAAAAUUCUUGUUUCAUAAAUAAAUCUGGCACUUAACUUAUUUUUUCCGUUUCUUUCUGAUAUUAGCGAAUCAAGAAGAAUCUUUUUACAGAAGCAUAUUUGGUAUUGGAAAGUAACGUAGGGACGUAACUGUUCCAUGACCUGAAGCAGUGUCACUGCUCAAGAGAUAGUAGAUUUGAAUAUAAAAAAUAAAUUAAUUAGUAAUCUUCAUUCAUUUCUUAGAUAUAUAUUUGCCAUAAUAAAUCGAAAUAAUUAUGGCAAGUACCUGAGAAAUUAAUUAAUAUGGCUACAUUCUUUUCUUAGAUUUUUUUUAUCAUUAAUCAAUUGAAAAGCCAUUGGCAAAUGUUGCUAAGGAAAGGAUGUAACCAAAUAAAUUAAUCCGUAGUCUUCAUUAAUUCUGCAACAAUAUUUGCCAUAAUUAUUUUUAUUUAUUACGGAAAAUAUUGCUGAGAAAUUAAUAUAUACUACAGAUGGUUUUUUUGAAAAUGGGAUGAUGGAAAAUUAUUAAAAUUUGACAGGGAAUCUAAAAUAGUACUUCCAGGGCACUUGAGUUCAACUUUUUUGAAAUUCUCAUUUUUUGAAAAGUUUCAGAUAUUUUUUUCAAAAAUUUCAUCUCACCAGCCUAAACGGAGCGCUACACAAAGCAUUCCCACAUUGUACCAUUGCAAGCUGCCAUGUUUGAUAUAAACAAACAAAAAAAAAAAAGUUUGGCCGUAAAUGUAACAAUAUAAACAAUUAUCUAAAAAAAUUUAAUAAACUUUCUGCUUAAAUUUUUAGG